GAAGGAGCAAGAAAAUCUCCAGAUUCAAAAUGUUUGGAUGGUAAGGAAAUUGUUUCAAAGAGUUUACUUCUACGUCCAAUUCCUCCAUUAAGACCAAACUAUUGCGAUAGUCUAGAUAGACAACAAUUCGCUUAUAGAUUUUUAGAGAGAUUUUUCAAUGUAUAUGAUGCCAAUAGAGAAAAUAUCAUUAAAGUCUAUACAAACGAGUCCAAAUUCUCUAUGACAUAUUUGGCUGAUAGUGAAUCUCUCCCAAUUAAAGGUUCAGAAAGAGUCUACCAAAAAUCAAAUAGAAACCUAAUGAAGCAAAUGGGUAACAAUAAAAAAACAAAAAUAUUAUAUUCAGGAAAUGAUAAAAUAUAUAAAUUUUUCAAAUUAUGUCCAAAAACACAACAUACAUUGUCUUCAUUUAUUAUUGAUACAUUUUUGGUUCCAGGUACAAAAUUAUUAUCUGUAAUUGUACAUGGUCACUUCCUCGAACCAAAAUAUAAUUUAAUGAGAUCUUUUGAUAGAACCUUUAUAUUGGCACAAGCUCCACCAGGUUCUGAUGCAGCUGGUAAUGGUUGGGAAGCAAUUAUUUUAAAUGAUAAUCUUAAUGUUAGACCUUACAAAUUGCUUCCAAAAGUCCACAUUGUAGAAUCCGAACCCUCAGAUGCUGAGAAAGAAGAAAUUACAAAUGAAUUUUCAGCAUAUACCAAAUUAAAGCCAGAGUUUGCAUAUGAAUGCCUACUUAUGGCCGGUUGGGAUCAAAUGAUGGCAUUUUUUUCAUUUAGUAAUCUUAGGGACAAUUAUCAAAUUCCUCAAGAAUAUUUCAUUCAAUAG